AUGGCAACUGAAGUGCUGUUAGCUUCUGGUGUGGUGUCGAAAGUGAACGGAAAGAUCCUAUUGUCGCGACAGUUCGUGGAGAUGACCCGAUCCAGGAUUGAAGGUCUGCUGACAGCAUUCACCAAGCUCAUCACCAAGGAUAAACAACACACAUUCAUUGAGACCGACACCGUGCGAUAUGUAUAUCAGGCUCUUAUGGAUAAACUGUAUUGUGUUCUCAUCACUACUAAGACAUCCAAUAUAUUAGAAGAUUUGGAGACUUUGAGACUUUUCGUUCGAGUUAUCAAUGAAUACACGUCUUCGCAGACAAAGGGGUCGUCAGAUGAACAGGCGAUCAAUGAGAAUGCGUUUACUCUGAUCUUUGCUUUCGAUGAGAUCGUGGCGUUAGGGUAUCGGGAGAGCGUGAAUAUGUCUCAAGUGAGGACUUUUAUCGAAAUGGAUUCACACGAAGAGAGAGUGUUUGUGGCGGUGCGACAGACACAGGAACGGGAGGCCAAGCAGAAGAUGCGAGAGAAGGCCAAAGAGUUGAGUAAAUUACAGAAAACACAGCAAAACGAAAGACUCAAAGCUAUCAGCGGUUCGAUGAAUAUGUCGAUGAAUAGCAGCAUAAAUGAGGCGAAAGUAGACACAAAUGUUGCCGAAAGAGCGCCCGAAAGAGUGUCCGUUUCUAGCGUUAGGCCUAAGGGCACAUCCAAAGCACUGAAAUUAGGCGCCCGUUCCGGACAAACCAUGUUUUCCCCGACCACUGAGGAACAGUUAGUCUCUGAGCUCACACAAGAAGACUUGCAAUGAAGUAUCGAUUUGUAUCUAAUUUAUAUGAAUUUCAUCUAAUUUUGUCAACUUUUAGUUUAAUUGCAAUUAAAAUAAAUUAUAAACGAUUUUUAUUCUAUAUAUAAAACCUGUAAUAAAUGGAAAGUAAAUUACAUUAGAAA